AUGGAAAGAAAAACGACUCGCAUCAUUGACUGCUUCCCCUGUGGAUUGAAUGUCGAGGCUUUGAACUGCUGCAAUGAGCGCCAAGAGAUCAUCCUGCUCAAGGAUUACGACGAGAAUGAGAAAAGAGUGGACGGCGCGCCGCUGACUGCGUUCUCCAGGACGAUCGAGCGGUUAAUUGAUACCAAACAGAAAAACGAAAGCACGGAACGUACGAGGGUUGUCAUGAACAAAGGGGACAGUCACUUCAUUGGUUUGCCACUGGUUGUUCGGGCGACUGUGAGGAUAUUGUGGGGUGGACAUCCUAGAUGGUGGGAUGGUGUAAUUGUGCCCAUGACCGAUGUAUUUGUAGUGCCUAACACAAAGAGAAAACGAGUUUAUGUUAACGUUGGACAUGUCAACGUUGACAUUAACUCGGGAGCUUCAAAACUUGAAAGUCGACUGCGUUCCAUGUCGCAUUACCUGUGGUCCCGGCACAUCAGGCCCAUGGCUAUGUCUCUUGUGAGCGCUGGUGGAUCACCCGGUGGGGAUCUUGUUAAGUCCAAAAUUACAACCGCUUGGUCCACCAUCCGGCAGGAGGAGCUCAAGUACAAUCAAGUGGUCUCCACAUUGCAUGCACUCCGCGUCGAUAUAUUUGCUCAACGGGAGACGCGAGAUAGCGAGUCGAUCAAUGAUACCCCUGCCCUCUGUUGCGCCCUGUAUAUCGGCAGCGCAAGGAAGAAAGCGCCGCCGUGA